GAAGAAGCGGAUGUUGGAAAUGCAGCUGAUGUGUAUUCAUGGAAACUUUGUUGACAGAUCAGUGCCGGGAAUGACGCGUGUGAUUUUACUGAACCUGCUUUAUUUCACUAAGUUAAUGUACGCGAACGCCUCCGACACUGGAGAGGACAGAUAGCUGCGGAUUUACUGUCACUUGACGUCAGGUAGCUUAAGCGAGCUAACAAGCUAACACGGACAUGUAACUUCGAGUGCUCUCUAAAGUGUUGUGUGUUGUGUUGUGUUGUGUUUAAGCUUGAGAAUAUCACACCGUCACACACAAAUAAAGGUGUGUUUUUGUGACGUGAUACAGUUCAUUCUCGUCUACCUUUGGUUAACCAGUGCGUGAACGAUGUAAACAAACGUUGUAAAGGUGUAGUUAACCUGUUAGAGACGGCACAUGUGUCAUCCAUUGGUAGUUCUAAGGCUGAACGAUUUGGGAGAAACAUCUACUUUUUCGACUUGAUUUGAUGGCGAGGGAAAUGUCCAAAAAGUCAAAGAGAAAGCACAAGAGGUCAUCUUCAUCCUCCAGUGAAGAAGACAAGAAGGCAUCUAAAAGAAAAGAAGUCACCAAGAGUUGCAGAAGAGAAAAGAGGAAGCACGAGAGCCAUGCAGCGAAACAGGAAAAGUCUGGUUCUUCUAGAACUAAACAUGGUUCCCAAAGCACCCGCCACAUUAAAAAGCCAGUCUACAGACAGGAAAAAAAAGAAGCAACAGACCAGAAGCCUUUUAAAAAGGCCGAAGAUUCCACUAAAACAAAGCAUUUGCAAUCCCACUGGGAAAAUCGCUCAGAAAAAACGAAGAGUUCUAUUUCAGGGAGAGAUAAAACUGUCAGUGGGAGUAAGACUGCGGAAGAAAGACCUUCAAAACGUUUGAACACUGACAUUGAAGGUGCAGCUCCUAAGAAAACGGCAAAGAUAUCUAAAGACUGCAUAGAUGAAAAGUCUUCCCGGAGGAGCCCAUCAAAAUUAAAAAAUCUAACAAGCCCCGGUUUGGUUUCUGUUAAACAGAAAGAGCACAGGCAUUAUGUACAAAAGAAGACAGGCAGAGCUGAGGCACAACCAAGGCCUGGAAAUGACAGUAGUACUCUUAUGAUCCGGGAAUCAAGCAGGAUUGGGCAACCAAGCAAGACUGGGGAACCAGGCCAGAUUGGGCAACCAAGCAAGAUUGUGCAACCAAGUAAGACCAGAGAAUCAAGCAAGAUUGGGGAACCAAGCGAGACUGGGCAACCAAGCAAGACUGGGGAACCAAGCAAGACUGGGGAACCAGGCAAAAUCAGGCAACCAAGCAAGAUCGUGCAACCAAGUAAGACCAGAGAACCAAGCAAAAUUGGGGAACCAAGCGAAAUCAGGGAACCAAGUAAGAUUGGGGAACCAAGUAAGAUUGAGGAACCAAGCAAGACUGGACAACCAAGCAAGACGUCCUCUGUCAUCAAAGAUUAUUUAGUGCAGAAGAGAAUUGAGCUGGUCAAAAAAUUUUGUCAAAGGCAACAAGAGAAUGAUACUAAUAAAAAAACGAUUUUGCUUACAGAAGCAAAAUCUUCUGUGUCUCCCAGAAAACUCUCUUCCAUUUCAGCCAAACAGGAGAGGAGCUCAAAGCUGUGGAAGAAUGUUCCUUUGAUUCCAAGGAGUGUCAUGUCAUUUUCACAUAAGACAGCUGGCUCAUCAUCUGCUCAUGAGCAAAAAGGUUCUUCACCUCUGCUUUUUAGUUUUAAAAUACCAAAAAAAGUUAAACCAAAGCCAAUUGCUAGCACUGGAGACAGCCAUGAUGCUGUUUCUGCAAACAAAAAUGUCAAACACAGAACUGAGAUCUCUGACUCCGGGGCCAUAAUAAAGAAUUCUACGCAGGAAACAGCCCAACAACCUCACAGCUAUUUGGAUGCAAGUCAGAGUUUUUCAUCGAAAAUACAAGAUAAGAGUUUCACCUUUUCUAACCAAUUCCUUACUGUGUCCGAUACCAAGAAUUCCAAGCAGGAAACAGUCCAACAACAUCACAGCUCUUUGGAUGCUAGUCAGAGUUUUUCAUCUAAAACACAAGAUACAAGUUCAUCCUUGUCGAACCAAUUCCCAGGUGCCUACGAUGCCAAGAAUUCCAAGCAGGAAUCAAUCCAACAACAUCACAGCUCUUCAGAUGUCUGCAUGGGGUUUUCAUCUGAAGGACAAAAUAAGAGUUUAUCCUUGUCUGAUCAAUUCCCAACUGUCUGCAAUGCCACCUCUGAGCCAUGGUGUGACCAGACACAAGUGGUUGAGGAGCUGCAUCUUGCCCGCACUGAGAGGAAAUUGGAGGUCGAUGUUCUGCAGAGCUAUGGAGAACUGACCUGUAUGGAGAUAGACCCUCCAGAAGAUGGAGCAACUGAUGCUUACUGUAAACAACCCCCUCAGCAAGACCUUAUCAUCAUUCUGGACACAAACAUUCUCCUGAGUCACCUGGAUUAUGUGAAAAAGAUCAGAUCUCAAGGACUUGGAGCGUUGGGUUUUCCUGUCCUCCUGAUCCCCUGGGUGGUGCUUCAGGAGCUGGAUUCCUUAAAAAGAGGGAAAGACCUGUCUGGCUCUGUGGCUCACCUGGCCAUUCCCGCCAUCUCGUACAUUUACAACACUUUGAAGAGCCGGGAACCGCACCUGUGGGGGCAGUCAAUGCAGCAGGCUUCAGAGUGCAGCAAUGGUCUCAGUGCUGAGAAUAAUGAUGACAGAGUGCUGCACUGCUGCCUGCAGUAUCAGAGUCUGCAUCCAGGGUGCGCUGUCAUCCUUUGCACUAAUGAUAAGAAUCUAUGCAGUAAAGCCUUGCUGAGUGGGGUGAAAGCCUUCAGCAAGAAUGACUUGGAGGCCGAGGUUGGGAGAGCCAGACUCGGACUUCACUCGCUGCAAAGCAUUGAGACUAACAUGCUGCCUCGUCCAAACCCUCAGCUCUCAUCACCUGUGCUGAGAAGGAGUUGCACCGCAGCCCAACCACACACUCGAGAGAGAGCAGACCUUUCUGUGGGAGUAAUAACAAAACACGAGCAGCAGCAGCAGCAGCUCGGAGGAAGAGAAGAGGAAGUAAAAUGGGACCUCAGCAGAUGUAUUUCUGAACUAGAGGGAAGCCUGCGGGAGGUGCUGUCAGAUGUAGUAGAGGUGGAGAUGAAGGCCGCUUAUGAAGACCUCUGGUUGGAGAUAGUUUGUCUAAAACCACCCUGGACUCUUCAAGAUGUCCUUCAGUGUUUGAAAAAGCACUGGAUUGCCAUAUUUGGGCACAUUGUCCCACGAAAAAAGCUGCAAACAGUUUUAAAUCUCAUCGAAUUUUUCAACUCAGGUAAAACAUUAGAUUGUGACGCUACUUUAGCAGCCCUUCGAGAAGCUAAGGAGCUUGUGACUGCAUUUGGGAAAAGUUCAAGCCGUGUGGCCAGUGCCGUUUCCACGAUGGACAACAUUUUUCGUGAUUUACAACCUCAGGGGGAAUCUCAUCAUGCCUGCGAUGUUGUCAUGAAUGAUGAUGAUGAGGAAGACAGACAGCCCAUAUUUUCUCAGGUCUCUCAUCAGGAAGUGUGGGCCCUGUUUGAGAACAUCUGGAGUCACGUGUAUCAGUUAAGCUUGGAAGUGUUCAAAGCGCUGGGCUUUGACUGUAACACCAUGCAGAGUGCUCAGCCAGCGGGAUGCCCUCAGCCGCCCCAGGAUGCCUUGGCUUGUUUGCACAAACUGUCCUCCAUGGUCUCACAGCUGCUUCAAGCUUUCAGCAGUGUCCUGUCCUCGGUCCCUAGUUUGGAGGAAGUCCAGACACUGCUCAGUAUUAUCACCUCUAAUAAGAUCGUGAAUGUGGAUUUCACUUUGACAGCCAAAGACCUGCUUGACUGUUUCUCACAACAGGAAUACAGGGAGAAGCUGAGAGUUGGCGGGACACAGCUGCUGCGGUUAAAGGAGGCUCUGGAUCGCUGUGUUGAGUUCUCAGGUCAGAUCAUCACCUUCGCCGCUCAGCACGAGUGGAACAGUGUCGGGACAUUUGCACAUCAACCAAACAGAAGCCUUGAAUAAACCAAUACUGUUUCCGACGGCGACAACGUUUUAGUUUAAGGGAGGUUUUUUUCAGUUUUAAUCUUUCAGACGGAGCUGAUGAUGAUGGUCUGUUUGCCUGUGGAAGGUCAACAAUCAGUUAAGCAGAGCUCGUAUGUUUUCAGCAUUGUUUCAUGUCCAUUCAGGUAUUCUUCUUUUGGUUCUCAUAUCUGACAUCAUAUCUUGAUGUCAGUAAGUCAGUGGUUUCAUAUAUAUAUGUAUAUAUUUUCCAGGUGUGAGCAAGUUCCGUAUUUAAGAACAUUAAAUUAUUAUUUUACUGA